CAUUAGUGGGAGUUGAGCUGAGGUUGAGGCUAACAGCUAGCCUGCUAUGUUAAGUGUGAGCCGGAGACGCAGAGGAGAGUGAUGAAAACAUGCCUCACUUCACUGUGGUACCUGUGAAGGAUCAAGCUCAGGCCAGAUAUGACAGUCUGGAGGGGAUUAACUGGGUGGAUUACAGAGACACUGGACAGGACUACCCUGAUCAUCAAGACACUGUCAGCUCUGAUGGACAUGGAAAUCAUAACGAGGACAGUCCAUUCCUCAACAGUGCUGAUGCUCCUGGCAAGAGGAAUGACUUCUAUGACCGGAACCUGGCUUUGUUUGAGGAAGAGCUGGACAUCCGGCCUAAGGUUUCCUCUCUGCUCAGCCGCCUGGUCAGCUACACCAACAUCACACAGGGAGCAAAGGAGCAUGAGGAGGAGAGCACACAGGCCUCGCGUAGGAAGACCCCCAAGGUCAUCUCCCAACUGGGCACCCUGAUGGGGGUCUACUUGCUUCUGCAGAACAUUUUUGGUGUCAUACUUUUCCUGCGACUGACGUGGAUCGUUGGAUGGCUGGCAUCAUGCAGUCCUCUCCUGAUUGUCCUCAUGUGCUGUUCUUGUACAAUGCUCACAGCUAUAUCAAUGAGUGCCAUUGCUACAAAUGGUCACAUACCCUCUGGAGGGGCAUACUUUAUGAUCUCACCUCCCUUGGACCUGAGUUUUGGAGGAGCUGUUGGGCUCUGCUUCUACUUGGGCACCACCUUUGCCUCUGCCAUGUACAUACUGGGUGCCAUUGAAAUCUUCCUGAAAUAUCUAGUCCCCCAGGCGGCCAUCUUUCACGCCACAGACCCCCUUGGGAAUGACAGUGCCAUGCUGAACAACAUGCGAGUUUACGGCUCUAUCUGCCUCAGUCUGAUGGCAGUGGUGGUUUUCGUUGGAGUGAAAUAUGUCAACAAGCUGGCAUCUCUUUUCCUGGCCUGCGUCAUUAUCUCCAUUGUCUCCAUCUAUGUUGGGGCAAUCAAAUCCAUGACACAUCCGCCUGAAUUCCCGAUCUGCAUGCUGGGAAACAGGACUUUGGCGAGGGAUCGAUUUGAUGUGUGUGCUAAGGCUGUGACGAAGGGAAACAUCACGGUGCCCAGUCAGCUGUGGGAAAAGUUCUGUCUGCCUGGGAAUAUGAGCAAUGCUCAGUGUGACGACUACUUCAUCCAGAACAAUGUGACAGAGAUACAGGGCAUACCAGGACUGAGCAGCGGGAUUAUAAGAGAAAACAUGUGGGGCAACUACAUGCAGAAAGGUGAAAUCUUAGACAAGGCUUCACUUGAGUCCGUGGAUGCUCAUGGUGCUGUGGAGACUUUUGGCAUGUAUGUGUCAGCAGACAUCGCCACAUCUUUCACGUUACUGGUGGGGAUCUUCUUCCCGUCUGCCACAGGUAUCAUGGCAGGCUCCAACAGAUCUGGGGAUCUCCGUGAUGCUCAGAAGUCCAUCCCUGUUGGGACUAUCUUAGCUAUUACAACUACGUCCCUUGUCUACUUCAGCUCUGUUGUCCUGUUUGGGUCCUGCAUUGAAGGAGUAGUCCUCAGAGACAAGUUUGGGGACGCAGUGAGAAAAAACUUGGUGGUGGGAACGCUCUCCUGGCCGUCCCCAUGGGUCAUUGUCAUUGGCUCCUUCUUCUCUACAGUCGGGGCAGGCCUGCAGUCUCUAACAGGGGCUCCACGGCUUCUACAGGCCAUUGCCAAGGACAACAUCAUUCCUUUCCUCAGGGUGUUUGGUCAUGGAAAGACAAACGGAGAGCCAACAUGGGCUCUGCUAUUGACUGGUCUUAUAGCUGAGCUGGGCAUUCUUAUCGCCUCUCUUGAUAUGGUGGCUCCUAUUCUUUCUAUGUUCUUCUUGAUGUGCUAUCUCUUCGUGAACUUAGCCUGUGCUGUUCAGACUCUUCUACGCACUCCCAACUGGAGGCCAAGGUUCAAAUAUUACCACUGGGCUCUGUCCUUCCUCGGCAUGAGUAUGUGUGUGGCUUUGAUGUUCAUCUCCUCUUGGUACUACGCGCUUGUAGCCAAUGGUGAUGUGCGGGGAAUGAUCUACAAGUACAUUGAGUACCAGGGCUGAGAAGAGUGGGGUGAUGGCAUAAGAGGACUGUCCCUUAGUGCUGCACGAUACGCCUUGUUACGGCUCGAGAUUGGACCCCCUCAUAACAAGAACUGGAGACCUCAGCUCUUGGUGCUGUUGAAGCUAGAUGAGGACCUCCAUGUAAAAUACCCUCGCCUGCUCACCUUUGCCUCGCAGCUGAAGGCAGGGAAGGGUCUUACAAUCGUGGGCUCUGUCCUCCAGGGUAACUUCCUGGACAGCUAUGGUGAAAUGCAGGCGGCCGAACAGAACAUGAUGGAGAUUGAGCGAGUGAAAGGUUUCUGCCAGGUGGUUGUGGCUGCUAAGGUGCGGGAGGGUGUUGUCCAUCUGAUCCAGUCCUGUGCUGGGGGAAUGAAGCACAACACUGUGGAUGGCUGGCCAUACGGCUGGAGACAGAGUGAGGACCCUCGGGCCUGGAAGACAUUCAUCAACACAGUCCGCUGCACCACAGCUGCCCAGCUCGCCCUGAUGGUUCCCAAAAAUGUCUCCUUUUACCCGAGUAACCAUGAACGCUUCACAGGGCACAUUGAUGUGUGGUGGAUCGUCCAUGAUGGGGUGCUAAUGCUGCUGCCUUUCCUGCUUAAACAGCACAAGGUUGGGAGGAAAUGCAAGAUGCGCAUCUUCACUGUGGCACAGAUGGAUGAUAACAGCAUCCAGAUGAAGAAAGAUCUGGCCACCUUUCUCUACCAGCUGAGGAUAGAGGCUGAGGUGGAGGUGGUGGAGAUGCAUGACAGUGACAUCUCUGCAUACACCUAUGAGCGGACAUUAAUGAUGGAGCAGAGGUCACAGAUGUUGAGGCAAAUGAGGCUGUCGACUGCAGAGAGACAAAGAGAAGCCCAGCUGGUGAAGGACAGACACUCUUUGGUGCGUAUGGGAAGUCUUUACUCAGACGAGGAGGAGGAGGUGAUAGAGGCUCCUCCAGAGAAGGUACAGAUGACAUGGACAAGAGAGAAGUGUGAGGCUGAGAGGAGGAAUAGGAACAACGCUCCUGAGAACUUCAGAGAGCUCAUGAGCCUCAAACCGGAUCAGUCUAAUGUGCGGCGGAUGCACACAGCUGUGAAGUUAAAUGAGGUGAUAGUCAACAGGUCCCAUGAUGCUCGAUUGGUGCUGCUCAACAUGCCAGGACCACCUCGAAAUGCAGAGGGGGAUGAGAACUACAUGGAAUUUCUGGAGGUGUUGACUGAAGGCCGAAGAGUGCUGCUGGUGCGGGGUGGAGGUCGGGAAGUUAUCACUAUCUACUCAUGACCAAAUAUAAGAAAGCAUCGGCCUCAUCACAACACAUUCCAGCCCCGAACAGGAAGCAGCACUUAGACUCUGCUUCCAGAAAAGUUCUGGUUAGAGUCAUCAAUUUUACACUUUCAUGGUGGAGUACGGACGUUUAGUACAAAAGAUGUAUUUUUCUAUUUUUGUAGAAUACUGAGGCACAUCCUUGUACAUAUCCACCCAUCAGUCUUCGGCUCUGCUGUUCUUUACCAAUGAAAGUUGUUACAUUUAAAGGAGAAAACAAGAAGUCACACACAAACUCUAGACAAGCGUUUCUUAUUUAUAGUUCACACAUUUUUUUUUAUAGGUGCAAGAUUUCGUUGUCCUUUUAAAGCGCUUUGAUUAUUUUGGAAGCACAUUUUUAUUUAUUUAUUUAUUUCUCCUGGAUUCCCACUGAAGCAUAACAAUGUUGCUGAAAGUAAUGUUUGACAUUGGCUCUGCUCUAUAGGAGGCACAGCAUCGAGUUUGUAAAUGUAGUUGUCAAAGAUCAUAAAGGAAGUUUAUAAAAAGAGUUUUAAUUUAUGAUUUUUGGAAAGAUGUUUGUGCUACUGACAGAAAAAAAGAGUGUGAGUCACUGAAGAAAGACUAUUUUUUUGUAUUAUUUCAAAUAUGAAAAGCUCAUCUGCACAUAAAGGGGUCAAAAUUCAAGACCCGUCAGAUUUUAUGAAAUACACCCCAUUUUUGAUAUUUCUGGUUGGGGUUUUUAAUUUCUACAAGAGCAAUAAAUCGUAUUUACAUUGUGUAAAUACUUUUCUAUACAGUAGCUUUACUGUCGGUGUCCAGCAUUUCAACCCUCAGUGAUUUUUUUUAGUCAUUAAGUUUUACUUUACACCUUGUUUAUGUGGUUGUACUGCAAACAAGCACAUCGGUAACAUUUCUGUAGUAUACCUACGACCCAUACAAGCUGUUAGCACAAUGUUUCAAGAGUCAAGACUAUAAUCAUAGUGAUAACAACUUCAAUCAACUCUGAUGCAGCCAACACUAGAGUUUUUUUUUUUUUUUUAGGCUUCUUCUAAUAAGCAGAGUGUUUCAGUAUUUCAGGCCAGCAUACAGUGUCGAGAGCAGCUGUUUGUUUUCUAUUGCAGACUUAACCAUCUUAAAGCCAAGAGCGUUUCAUAUGUAAGGGAUAGACCCUGGCAUAAAUCUGACAUUUAACACCUAUCACACUGUCCAGAGAAUGCUCCUUAUCUACCCCUGGUAUACAGUAUGUUUUUGUUGCACAACACUCUGAAUGAAAACGUAAUGUUAGCAGUAUUUUAGUAAUGCUUUAAGCUUCAUUUUUGCAGCAAUGAGGCUAUUAUUAAAAUAUAUUUGAUCAUUUGAAAAUAAUGCAUAUGGUGAUGACAAAAUUAGGAGAUUAAAGCAAGCUCACCAAAGUUAAUGUGCCAAUACUAAAAAAGAAAGAAAAAAAGAAAACAAAGGGAGUUGUUUUGGAAAAAGUGCAGUUUAAUGAACACAAAAAGGAACACUAUGUUUUGUAAAAAUUUCACUAUGUGUUAUUUUUCUGUAAGACAAAAUAAAAGAACAUCUGUUUAUAAA